CGCAGUAGUGGUGGCCAAGGGUUUUCGAGGUAGUGCUGUGCGGAGGGUGAGGAACUUUUUAUGGCGGAUGUCGCAUCAAGGAUGGCUUUCCGUAGCCUACGGAUUUCGCGACGUUAUCCGUGGUCGUAGAAGUACUCGUUGCAAGGCGCGCAUUAGGAGGUCGAUUCAUGGUAGUCUUCUUCUGACAUGUUUAUGGAUGAAGGGGUGAUGGUAGUUGGAAGUUCCGAGUUAAUCUUCAGCUGGGAGUGGGGGUGAGGAUGGUUGUCUGAGACUAUACACCAAUAUAGGAUCUAACUACCCAGAUCAAACCCCGUGCUCGAGAGCCAAUUCAUGCUGGCCAGAAACUGUGCUGCCGUGUGCGGCUGUACUUUCUCAAACAACAGCAUGUCGACGCACCCCCGACCUCUAUCCACCAUCAUCCAACUCGCAAUAGGUCUUCUCUAUGCCCGGGUCGUCCCAAAUCUACUCUUUCCAGGCUGGAAACCAACACAUACUCAACAAUGCCCGCGACACCAGGAUAGGAAAUGCGGUAUUCAAUAACGUCGGUCGCGAUCUGUUCAAUCAGAAUCUUUAUACUGGAAAUCCACUUUGGGAAGCGAUCGCAGACGUCGGAGCAUCUCAUAAUUCGGAACAACAGGUUGACCGGGGCCGUUGUCUCCCUGGAACUCGUAAAGCAGUUCUCAAACUGAUUCGGCAAUGGGGAGUUUCCAACUGCGAGAGUAUGCCAAUUUGUUGGCUUUCUGGCGCUGCGGGUGUAGGAAAGUCAGCCAUCGCAUUGACUGUUGCCGAAGAAUGCGAGAAAGAUGGCCUCGUGGCCUCGUUCUUCUUUUUCAGAUCGGACCCCAAGCGAAACAAUCCUUCAUCCCUCAUUCUAUCCAUCACACAUGGCCUCGUAGUGACAAGGCCACAUUUGAAGCCCUUCGUUGACCAGAGAAUCGCUGCUGAUCCUCGGAUCCUCAAGGCUAGGCUGGAAGAUCAGUACAAGGAACUCAUCCUAGAAAAUCUGAAUCAUCCUCCCCCGUCAUCUGCUCACAGGGUCCCCAACCUGGUCAUCAUCGAUGGCCUGGAUGAAUGUGGUGAUGCUGCCAUGCAGCGCCGUGUCCUCUCCAUCAUUUUUGCCACAUAUCAACAACCAUACCACUACCCUAUACGGUUUCUCAUAUGCAGCCGUCCUGAAUCCUGGAUUCGACAAGAAUUUAGUUGUUUCAGUGACCUGACCAAACAUAUCGAACUGGAUGAUUCUUUCUGCCCCCAUUACGACAUUGAACUUUAUCUCAAUCAGCAGUUCCAGGAGAUCCAAGAAGAUCCAAGCUAUUCGCAGGUUGUAUUCCCAAACCCGUGGCCAUCUCCCCAUCAUGUUCGGUUCCUGGUUCGGAAAGCUGACGGUCAAUUCAUUUUUGUGAUAACUGCCAUGAAGUUUGUCAAGAUGGAGUACACGCUUCCAACUGAUCAGCUUUGCAUUAUCCUCAAUACUAUAUCCAAUCCUUCCUCUGUAUCUUUGAUUCAUUCGCCCUUCAAUGAUCUCGACCAACUUUAUCUUGUGGUAUUGCGUGCCAACCCUGACUGUGAUAAGCGUCUGCUCCCUGUUCUUGCGGUGAUCACCAUAACUCCAAAAUCAUCUCCAGCAUUCAUUGAACUUUUACUUGGGCUCUCUUCUGGCACGGUGGCUCAGACAUUACGUGCGAUGCACUCGGUACUCAAUGUCCGUGGUUGGGAAGAUGACAUUGGCAUUUACCACCAAUCUUUCACCGAUUUCCUUUUCAGCCAGGCACGUUCAAGGGAGUUCUACAUCGACCAAUCGAUGUGGAAGGACUCCCUGGCCUGUCGGUGGACUAGACUCCUUACCAAGCGGUGUAGAGAUGAUCCUGGGUUGCUAGGGACCGCACGCUCAGCUUACUCGAGUUCUUUACGAAAAUUGGUACAACGCUGGAGCGGUCGCCUUUAUCAAGUGGGUCGUAUCAGUAGUGUGCUGAUGUCGGAGGUGGAUGCUUUCUACCACGUGGCUUUGUCUAUUUCCGCAGAGUUAGUGGGUCACGACAUGCUCCUUCGGACACUUGCGGCAAUUCUACUACCAUCCCGUGGGUCAAACUCACCUGCUUUCAUCCGAUUUUUGGUUGGACUCCGGAGAGAGGAUUUAAAUCAGACAUUGCAAGCAAUGGACACAAUUAUUCACGUGGAUCAACAAUUUGGUUUCCAAUCCAUUUCUCUUGUUGUCUCCACACAUUACACAUUCCGGGAUUUCGUCUUCUCCCGUUCUCGGUCAAAGGAGUUUUUCAUCGAAAAACGCUAUCAUAGCAACCUCCUUGCACUGAAAUGCCUCCGUUUUUUGCGGAGGGAUGUAGUCCCUUGGAGCGAAGAUAGGGUUUUAGUCAUGGAAAAUUGGGCUCGCAUCUGCACUGACGUCGACAAUCCUACUAGUGAGGAAUUGUUGUUCGAACUCUACCAUAUGGACUUAGGUGGUGCCUUCGCGAAGUCUCCCAACUGCCUGCAUCGCCUUCUUUGUGACUUCAAAAUGAUCUCAACUUGGCUAGAAUCUAAAACCAACACCGCCGAUCUUUUGGAUCAGUUUAAAAGCAUUCAACGCGGAUUUCACAUUCGAAGCACAACAUUCCCCAAUGACGUCAUUGCUCCAAUAAUCCUCUCAAUCGUCGAUUGGUGGCAGUCUUCAAAUCCUGAGGGUGAAACAAUUCACGUCGAACGGAUGAUGGAUUCUGGCAUGAACUAUGCCCAGUACCAGGAAUUGCGUAGAUUGGCUACGAUCAGAUUGCGCUCAGCCGAGUUUUGCCGGUGCGAGUCAAGCUCUGCAUUUGAUUCUAAUUGCGUUUCGACUCUGAUCCCUGGUAUAACGGACAUGUAUCACGUCAAUAUCCCAGCUGGCUGUGCUCAAGUUUUCAAAAGACUUGUAGCCAGUUUGGACACACACAAAACACAAGAUUUGACCAUCCUGCGCCGCGAUCUCACUUGCCACCUAUUGGUGAAGUGUCCACGUCUAAUUGCAAAAUGUCUUCCCUUACCUGAACUACUUCCCCACUUUCGGAUGCUCUUGGAUUUUGCUAAGACAUUGGGAUUGGGCAACCAUGACCCAAGGAAAUUCGAGAUGCCGAGGAAGAAGCUACUGUCGUGGCUCGAGAAGUUCCCUCCCGAUUGUGCCUAUGAAGUUGAAACUCUAAGAAAAGACCUCCUUUCUCUAAUGCCUAUGCAACUUGAUGAAUGAUUUCUUCGCAUUUCGUUGAAUUGACUAUGAUCCAUCUGCCAGACGGCAUGCAGGUUGCUUUGUUCUGGGGAAUACUUGGCAUCCAUCGCAUUAGAGUACCACUUGGCAGUCAGAGCGUUUAGCUACGGUAUCACUUCGGCUGUCGAGUUGUCUGCAUCCAUAUUCACAC